AUGAACGAGAAACCCACGACCGAACCACUAUCCGCGAGCGAUACGCCGCCGCACUGCCACGAAGAAGCUCCCGGCAAAGCGCAGUGGCUGGACGCUACUUCGAGGCGCGAUGCUCUAUUGUGGUGCAAAAGCGUAUUUCACGAGGUUGUCUUGGGUCGAAAAACAUUGCCGCCUUCGAAGAAUGGUCGCAUAAUCCCACUCAAAUUGAACCAAGAUGCGCCCCUGACCGACGAACGGCGAGGCGGUCAUCCCUUUGUUUCCAACACCAUCCGAACUUCCCGAUACACUGUUUAUGACUUUAUCCCGAAACAACUUUUCUUCCAGUUUUCCCGAAUCGGCAAUUUUUACUUCCUCUGCGUCGGCGUUCCCCAGACCAUCCCUGGCAUCUCGACUACGGGAAACUUCACGACGAUUUUGCCCCUGCUAUUCUUCGUUUUGGUCACUGUGGCAAAAGAGGGAUAUGACGAUUUCAAGCGCCACCGACUCGACAAGGUAGAGAAUGCGGAAACGGCGCGUGUGCUCAAGCACUCGAAACAUCGCAAGGCUAGCCCGCAGACCUGGCAGUCCAAGCUCAGAAGCGCUCUUCCGGGAAGCCGUCAAGUACUGAGCGCCGGUCAAGCAGCAAACGAUGGACCCUGGCUGACAACAAGAUGGUGUGAUAUCGAGGUUGGCGACUUAAUCAACUUACGAAGAGACGAACCAGUUCCUGCGGAUAUCGUCCUGCUCCAUGCCGACGGCGAGAAUGGUCUCGCUUACAUCGAGACAAUGGCCCUUGACGGCGAGACGAACCUCAAGAGCAAGCAAGUCUCAGCUGCACUAGAAGGAUGCGAUACUGUCGAGAAGAUCCUGGCCUGCGAUGCUGAGUUCGUGGUCGAGGAUCCAAACCCCGAUCUUUACAAAUUCGACGGUCGAGUGACUGUCAACGGAAAGUCACUGCCACUGACUUCAGCUGAGAUUAUCUACAGAGGGAGUAUCCUGAGGAAUACGGUGUCCGCGAUUGGCAUAGUCGUCAACACUGGCGAGGAGUGCAAGAUUCGCAUGAAUGCCAAUCAACACCCCAAGGCAAAGAAACCCGCGUUAGAGACCGUGGCCAACAAGAUUGUUGUUUCCCUCGCGCUCUAUGUCAUCAUUCUUUCCGUCGGCUGCUCUAUGGGAUACGUCAUGUGGCAGCGGUCGCAAGAACGGAGAACAUGGUAUCUGAAGGAUGCUGAAGUCAAGUUCUACGAAAUCAUCAUUGGAUUCAUCAUCCAGUUCAACAACGUCAUUCCGUUGGCCCUGUACGUCAGUCUCGAGAUCGUCAAAGUUGGACAGCUUCUCAUGCUCAAUUCCGAUGUCGAGAUGUAUCAUGCCGAAACGGAUACGCCAGCCCGAUGCAAUACCAACACCAUCCUGGAAAAUUUGGGCCAAGUCGGCUAUAUCUUCACCGACAAAACGGGCACGCUAACGGAGAACGUGAUGAAGUUUCGCAAAUUGAGUAUUGCUGGCACAGCUUGGCUGCAUCAACCGGACGUCGAAGUUGCAGAUGGCGACAGCGAAAACAACAGCUCUGUAGACACUCUGUCUGAGGCAAAGGGGAUCCCGCGCAUAUCGACCCAGCACAUUCGAACCGAUGCCAUCAAUGACGACUAUGCUCAAUCUCCGACGACCCUCGGCAGACCAUCGAUGGCUCGCUCACGAGCACCAUCUACGCGAAGAUCAUCUUCUCAGUGGAGGUCCACAGGGCGUCCGGACCACGCGCAGCCCGAUGUCACCACGAGCGAUCUUUUAGAGUUCAUUGCUUUGAGGCCUCACUCUCUUUUCUCCAGAAGAGCCAAAGACUACAUCCUCGCAAUGGCCCUCUGUCAUACCUGCCUCCCGGAAAUUCGCAACGGCGAGGUGGAAUAUCAGUCUUCUUCUCCAGACGAGCUAGCCAUGGUUCGAGCGGCACAGGAACUCGGCUACACUGUUGUUUCGCGAACAUCCUCGAAUAUCACCUUGCGACACAGCUCCGACGCCGCUGACGCAGCGAAGGACAUGACAUUCCAGAUCUUGGAUGUUAUUGAGUUCAGCAGCCACCGGAAGAGGAUGUCCAUUGUCGUGCGAUACUCCGAUGGUCGUAUCUGUAUCAUCUGUAAAGGCGCAGAUUCAGUCAUACUUCCAAGGCUCAAGAUGGCUAGUAUGGCGUUGCAAAAAGCUCAGGAUGUGAGGCAAAGUGCGGAUCUUGAACGCGAGCUUUUGCGAAAAAGUGAACAGUACGAACCGAGAAUCAGCAUUGGGGGUCGCGCUAGCAUGUCUUUGCGAAGGAGCAUAGGCAUCGCACGCGGCGCACCGGGCCCAAGUGUUCGGCCUCCCAUGGAUCGCAGCCAAUCUUUCGAGACAAGCAAGUUGCGCAAAUCGGGCGAUCUCUUGCGGCCUUCUAUCAACAUCCGCACGACAUCAUUCGAGGCCUCGUCCGGGUCUCCUACCCUUCCAUACAACACUCCCGAAAAAUUUGCUUUCCUUGACGACCCUGCCAUCGCCGAUGACUCAACUAUCUUCACUAGAUGUUUUAAGCAUCUUGAUGACUUUGCUACUGAAGGCCUCCGCACGCUGCUUUUCGCUCAAAAGUUUAUUUCAGAACAGGACUACCUCACUUGGAAGAAGGCUUUCGACGCUGCAUCUACCAGCUUGACCGAUCGUCAAGACAAGAUCGAGGCUGCAGCAGAAAUUAUCGAGCAGUCCUUCAACCUCGUUGGUGCUUCGGCGAUUGAAGAUAAGCUCCAACAGGGCGUUCCGGAAACCAUCGACAAGUUGCGGAGGGCGAACAUCAAAAUCUGGAUGUUGACAGGCGACAAGCGCGAAACGGCCAUCAACAUUGCUCAUUCAACCCGCAUCUGCCAGCCAGUGUCCGAUCUCUACACCCUAGACGUUACUAAGGGAGACCUCCAGGGCCAGCUCGUGGCACUAUCCGAAGACUUGCACUCUGGCUGUGUGCACAGUGUUGUCGUUAUCGAUGGCCAGACCCUCGCGACGAUCGAGAGGUCGGACGACUUGACAGCUCAGUUCUACUCAGUGGUCCCCUUUGUGGACUCCGUCAUUUGUUGUCGAGCCUCCCCCGCGCAAAAGGCACUCAUGGUCAAGACCGUUCGUUCCCAGCUCCGAAAGCUGAGAGGCCGCAUGGGCCAUGGUCUUACACUUGCCAUCGGUGACGGCGCCAACGACUUAGCAAUGAUCUCUGCUAGUCACGUUGGCGUUGGUAUCUCUGGAAAGGAGGGACUACAGGCUGCUCGAGUGGCCGACUACGCUAUCGCCCAAUUCAAAUAUCUCCAACGACUGCUUCUCGUGCAUGGACGAUGGAAUUACGUGCGCACAGCCAAGUUUAUCCUGUGUACUUUCUGGAAGGAGAUGUUCUUCUACCUCCCCACGGCCCUAUACCAGCGCUACAACGGCUACACAGGUACUUCGUUGUACGAAUCGGCCAGUUUGACCGUCUUCAACACGCUCUUCACCAGCCUGUGCGUCAUCUGUCUGGGUAUCUGGGAACAAGAUCUCAGUGCCGACACCUUACUUGCCGUUCCCGAGCUGUAUGUGUACGGUCAGCGAAAUAUGGGUCUGAACCUAGCGAAGUAUGCCGGUUGGAUGCUGUCAGCAGCGAUCCAAGGCGUGUUAGCAUAUUGGGGCGUCUGGGCGGGCUAUGUCUGGUUCGCACACUCGAGUGAUCAAGGUCUUUACGCCGUCGGGAACCUAGCGUUUACCCUUGGCGUUGUCUGGAUCAACUAUAAGUGCUUCAUUCUCGAGACGCACCACAAGUCUGGUGUCGUAAUGGGGUGCUUCCUCCUCACCUUCUCAGGAUGGUGGGCUUGGCAAGGAUUCCUGUCGUCCAUCUAUGCCCGCACCCCGUCGAUCUACGCCGUACGUGACGGCUUCUCGAAGACCUUUGGUCGGGACUGGACGUGGUGGCUAACCCUGAUUGUGAUGGUCACCCUCUUCAUCCUCAUGGAGACCAUAUUCCGCACCCUGCAGCGCUCUCUCAUUCUCGCAGGGUUGUGGAGGUGGCCCUGGGUUCGCAAGGAGGAUGACGUUUGUGCGGACGAGUGGCGCUUGGAGCUUUGGCAAGAGCUUGAGAAGGACCACGCUGUGAGGGAGAGGCUGAGGAGGUUAGCGAGUGACGAGGAUGAACAUGAGGAGGUGGAGGAUUGCGAGGAGGAUGUUGUUCGUGGUGAGUCUGAGAGGGCGGGUUGA